AUGGGAAUAUCACCUGAUUUGAUCCCAGCCAUUAAAACUAUCAAAGAUUUGAAAUCUUUAAGCAUUUCAUUCGAUUGUGAUGGGGCAAGUUAUGGGACUUACGAUUUCAACACACUAUCAGGUUUAUUUUCAGCGAUUCCCAAUCUUGAAUAUUUAUCAACUCAUCAUGAUCAAAUGGAUACUUUCACAUUAUACCCCCCGGCUUUAUCAAAUCUACGUUACUUUUCUAUGCAAUCUGAUGAAGAAAACUUGGAAGGAAAUUGUCAUAUCACUCAAACUGCGAAAAAUACUUUAAAAAUGAUUGAACUCUCUCGUGGUUAUAUUGUACCUAUCAAAGGUUUAAAACAGGUUUUAGAGCCAAUUAAAGAUACCUUAGAAGGUCUCUUCACACUCGUAUUCACUAUUCAGGUCACCAAACAAGUCUCAAACAUGAACUUCCCAAAGUUGAGAGUCAUCAAAACUCAGCCAGUAGAUUCUCGUAUACCAGAAGUCAAUUGGUUAAAAGCUCCGAUGUUAAAGAAUGUUAGGACUGUUAUAACAAAUCUAGAAAAUCAAGAUUAUUGGCACAACGCUUUAGAAGGUCCUGGCCGGGAUGCUUUGAAGAAAGUACCAAAUUUCAAACAUCUUGUCUUCACUAAUAAUGCACACACUGAAACUCAAGCUCUUGAUCCUCAAUUGGUCAGAUUGUUUGAAUUUCAUGGAGUUCAAUGCCAUUUUACUGAUCAAGGGUUAUCAGCAGAUGAAAUCAUGACCUUAGAUUGUGAACUCAAUGGACCAGUGAUUUAA